AAAAAGCGACGUUUGUUGUCAGUGUUACCAUGAUACUCUUAUUGCAAAUUGUAUUUUGAUUUUGACUGCGAUUUGUCUGAAGUGUAAAUAUAAUGUGCGAUACUUGUUAAUGGUUGUUGGAUUGUAUGGUUUUUAAUACUUGUAAUUGUUAUGAUUAGGACAUUCGCUAUUCAUAACUGUCGCAUCGUCUUGUAACUCAAAUUAAGUAAAAUGGUUUCUUUAGACGAUAAAACACUUUUAUCACAGCUAACAAAAUAUUUCGGACAUGUAAAAUUUAAAAGCGAAGUUCAAGAAAAGGCAAUCAAAGCGAUUUUAAAACGGGACCGCGACGUGUACGUGUCGAUGCCCACUGGCUCGGGCAAGUCCCUCUGCUUCCAGCUGCCAGCCGUGCUGUGCAGGAACCGCGUGGCAGUCGUCUUCUCCCCGCUCAUCGCACUCAUGAAGGACCAGAUAGACCACCUGCAGAAACUGAAAAUCACGGCCAACUCCAUCAACUCGAAGAUGUCGCUGAAGGAGCGGGCGGCCGUGGUGGCGGACCUGCGCUGCAAGGCGCCGGAGACGCGCCUGCUGUACGUCACGCCGGAGCAGGCGUCCACCGAUAGCUUCAAGGGCCUCCUGGCGGAGCUCCACAAGCACGGCAAGCUGUCGUACAUCGUGGUGGACGAGGCGCACUGCGUCAGCCAGUGGGGGCACGACUUCCGCCCCGACUACAUCAAGCUGGGGCAGCUGCGCGCCAGCUACUCGGACGUGACCUGGAUCGCGCUAACUGCGACCGCCAGCGCCGCCGUGACCAAGGACGUCCUGAACCUGCUGAAGUUCCGCGAGCCGUUCGCCACGUUCAAGGUGGCGUGCUUCCGCCCGAACCUCUUCUACGAGGUGGUGUUCAAGGACACGAUGGACGACCCGGACGCGGAUCUCGCCUCGUUCGCGGAGGCCUGCAUCGAGAUGUACAAGCAGGGGGAAAAGGGCUGUGGCAUCGUGUACUGCCGCACGCGGGAGGCUACCGUCAACGUGGCGUCGCAGCUGACUCGAGCCGGCACGCCGGCCGCUGCCUACCACGCAGGGCUGAGGGAUCGCGAGCGCACGGAGAUCCAGGAGGGGUGGAUGGCGGGCAAGUACCGCGUCAUCACUGCCACCGUCAGCUUCGGCAUGGGCGUGGACAAGGCCUCCGUGAGGUUCGUGGCGCACUGGGGCGUGCCGCAGAGCGUGGCGGGCUACUACCAGGAGUCGGGGCGCGCCGGGAGGGACGGCCUCCCCGCGCGCUGCCGCAUCUACUACUCGCGGCGGGAGAGGAACGCGCUGGACUUCCUGCUGAAGAACGACGUGGGGCGCGCCGGCUCCGAGGCCAAGAAGCGGCAGGCGGAGGCCACCUACCGCAGCUUCGAGUUCAUGGUGCAGCACUACUGCGAGGCCAGCAGGUGCAGACACGCCGUGUUCGCCGAGUACUUCGGGGAUGAGCGGCCCAGCUGCCAGCGCCAAUGCGACGCCUGCAAGGACGCCGCGUCACUGGCCGCCAGCAUCUCCAAGUUCAACAGCAGCGCCGUCUUCCGCGGCUCCUACCGGCUCACCGGCGACGGAGACGAGCUGUACGGCGGCGGCCGCAAGGGCCAGGAACGAGAAGUGGAUAACUACGUGCGAGACGGCUCGUACGACGACGACGAACGCAAACUUAAGAAGUCCAUGAGCGAGCUGAUACACAAGCAGUUCGCGAUACGCAGGCAGAAUUCGUCAGACGUCAAGCGAGUGGAGGAGGAUGGUGACUCGGCGAAGCACGCCAGGGUGCGCAGUGCAGACGCCACCACGGUCAAGAUCAACGGUCUCACCCUCGUGAUCAGGGAGACCUACCUGACGCUGCUGAUCGAUAGGCUGUUGUCGAACUACGAGCGCUGCCGCAAGGUGGACGCCCCGGAACUGCAGUUGUCCCGGGACGACAUAGAGCAGUGCGCCGUCGACAUGGAGUACCGCCUUGCCUUCACCAAGAACACUGUGUCCUCCCUCUACCGCAAGGACAUGUCCAAGCUGAUGAAUGAAGUGAAGAAAGCCACAGAGGUGAUGACUGUCCACGAAGUGCUCAAGUCGUUUGUGCCGAAGGAAGAUACAAGCCUUCACAAGACCGUGGAGACACUACAGCAGAAGCAGGCGUCCGGCUUCACCAUCAUGACAGCCUCCCAGCUGAUGAAGCUGAAUGACAAGAAGCCGGACGCCCGCCCCGACAAGACACCCCGUCCCCGACGGGAGCCUUUCAGCGUCAAGAAAGACCUGCGUCGCCAGAAGACCCUCACCUCCUACCUCAAGAGCGCUAGAUCCGACAGCACUGCGUCCGGGGACUCGGCAGAAGCCGAGGGCGACGAGCGAGGCGCGGGAGCCCACGGCCCAGAGCCCGAGGAGGAGAGCACGGCGGAAGAGCCACCGGCGGCCGCGAGCGGCGUGGAGGAGGACCUGAAGCGGGAUAUCGAGAUGCUGCAAGCGGAGGAGGCGAGGUUGUCUCUGUCGUCGCGGCAAGGUUCCGCCUCGAGCGGCAGCCCCAGCGACAGUGACGGGUCGUCGUCCGUCUGCUCCAACCGCAUCAGCGCGCCGCGCACGUGCGUAGCUAGACGCGGCGGCGGGGGGGAGCGGAAGCGCAAGCUGGCGGAGCUGUUCGAGGGAGGGGAGGGGCAGCGCAAGGGGGCGCGGCAGGCGGCCGGCCCGGCACUCGACAGGAAGGUGGUUGCCGACCGCGUGGUCAAGCACAUGAUGCCCUUCUACAAGCACAACAGGAUCUCCGGGAAGGACCUGUUCAAGGUGCUGGCUCGCCACCUGUCUCACCAGCUGCUGCAGACCCAGCAGGACACGGGGGAAGCCAGCGUCAAGAAGUUUGUGCAUGCGUACUUCAAAUCGCACAAGCUGAUAGAGACAGAAGCAGACAUAGUGGCUUCCGCCAGCUAAAGACUGUUCGCUCUAAGUGGGAAAUUCCCACGCGUAGGGAAUGCCUUGCUGCCACUGGGCGUUGGGAAGGCUCAGACGCUCAGAGUUACCUUAUCAGGCUUGGCGUAAUAUGUUUGCCUGGGCGCUGCGACACACGUUAUUGUUCCUCUUGCACCUACCUGCAUGCAUCGGGUAUUAAGUAAACUGUGUGGAGAAAGUCUGGAGAAAGUUGAGGAAGUGUUUUUAUCUGUACCUGGAUGAGAAGACAUGUAAAAUGUGCUACAUGUGGAUGUGUAGAGUGUUUUUUUUUUUUCAUUCCAUGAACUAAAUAAACUCUCGAGAACAUGUUUCACAGGUUUUUUUUGCAAAAGGAAAGUAUUGUAGUUCGUAAAGUCACUGAAAAUGAUAUUGGAAAAUGUUAGAAAGAGCAAAACAAUUGUAUUAGAUACAAUGCAGCAUGUUUAGUCAUGGAAGCACAGAUGAUACAAUCAUCGCACAACUGUUUCACUAAAUGGUUGGCUUUUUUUUUUAAAGUUUUCAGUAUGGGAAUCAAGGUACAGGAUGGCAAAUUUUUAAUGUGAUAGCCACCAUCAAACCAUUUGUUUUAGCCAUAGUAAAUAAAUGAAGUAGUAUUUAUUGCACAGUCAUAUUUGUUCAGUAAUAUGCUAUCAUUUUUAAUAAAUUUACUUAAUAAAAAAUAAAACCAAUACAUAACACCAAAAUAUCCUGGUUAUUUUUUUUGUUAAAGAUAUUUGCUUGAAAAUAAAACCACAAAAUCUUGUUCUAAAUAUUAAGUAAACUAAUGAAAUAUAGCUACUGAUUCAUUUAUGAUUACUAAAGUGUAACACAUUUUCGUGUGUUAUUUAUUAAGUUAGGCAGUGACAACAUGGAUGAUCACCUCAAAAUACCUAGUUCUCUCUUGUUGUUUUGUACUCAGAACAACAUCACUUUAAUUUCUUGACCUUCACUUAGAACAAAUCUCACAGAAGGGUACAUAUUUGUUUUAUUUGACUGGUGGUGACAAGUUCAGCUUUUUGGAAGAGUUUGCAUUGUUUUAAUGAACUGUUAUUUAAACAGUAGUGUGAAUGUGCAUGCGCUUGGAAAAAAAUUUCGAAUACCACUAAGAAAAAAAAAAUCUGUCAUUUGAUUAGGUACUAUUUCUGAAUAAAACCUGUUUCCAAGAAGUUACACUGAGAGAUACAGUUUAAUCCGGUAUUCUAUCAAGCCGUUCGCGUGGGUGCCUAAUGUUGAUCUUGGCCGCCAGGACUAUUUUUCUGGCAUUUUUAGUUUGCUCAGAGUUUAUCUUUACUGUCAUUUUUCCUGUUUUCUAGUGAGUUACAUUUCACAUCACUGGUACAUAUCCAUAAUGAUUUUUUUGAAUAAGAGAUCUGAAUCACAGACACACUGUGAUGUCAAAACCUUUUCUUAAACAGUAACCUUAUGUGUAUUUUUUUCUUUCUAUUCCCUUUAAAGCUACAUUGACGUUUGAUAGUUGUGUGAUUCUGAACAUGUUGAAUUAAAGAACUUUCACUGCAUUACAUUUUUUUUUUUGCAUAUUUCAAGAUUUGCUGCUUAUGGUCUAUCACGUUCUAGUAAUGAGCUUAACUGUUUCGGCCAGCUUGAGUUACUGAAAUUACCAAUCAGGCAGCAAUUACAAAUUUAUCAUAACAAAUAUUGGCCCAGGUGCACGUCUGAAUUUUUUAUUUCUGUCUCUCACUUUUGAUGUAACGUGUACGAGUAGUUACCUAAUACUUCACUGUAGAUUUAAGUACAGUGAAUCGUUCAAGAAGUUUCUCAAGAAAACCUACUUAGAAAUUUAAACUUAAAACAGAGAAACAUAUUAAAAGGAAAAAAAAAGUUUUAUUGUAUAUUUUUGAUUUUGUUUAAUAGAACUUUUGAUAAAUGAAAAUUAAAAAAAAAAAAAGUUUUAUUCAUCUGUUUGUAAAAUUGAUUAUUGUUUUCCAAGUUAACUGAACAACUAGAUUUGAAGAAAUGUUGUUUUGCAGUGUGUUUUUUUUUCUGUGUAGUUGUGUUUAUUUCCACCCUGAAAGUCAGCAGUUGCUUUAGCACAUGCAAUGGAGCGAGAUUAGCAUGCUCCAUCUCCAGCGAAAGAGGAGUGGUUACUACACUAGAUAGUACUUGUUCAGUGCAGCAUGCAUUCACAAUACGGUUAUUCGAGUGAGACAAUACCUGCCAAUAAUUUGACUAAUAAUUUGUGCUUUUAUUUCUUUUCAUUUUGAAAAUAAAUUUUGUCAUUUCAAACUUUGCCUUGCAAUUUCAGUAUUUUAGUUUUUAUGUGACUGUAGGUCAUGUUAAAGUUUUGUAUCAGGAUGUGAAGUAAUGAAGUUAUAUGUCAGAGUCUGGUGUAUUUUACGAUGUGGCUUCAAUCCCCUUCUGUCACGCUGCAGUUUUAGUCAUCAGUAGUUGAAGGUGGAGAUGUUUAGCCUAUCAACGAGGCUGCCAUUCUAGUACUCUUAACCAGCCCUUGUUUGAGAAGGUUUUUCUAACACUUCAUUUUUAUCAUCACUGGUUGCACUUGCAGUGGUACUUAAAGUUAAAACAUUUGUUACGAUGAGCUCGUAUUCAAGGAGUGUGUUGGUGUCCAUGCGUUUCCAAAUUAGCUCAGUAACCGACUCAAAUAAUUUCCCUGAUUUUUUUUUUUUUUCGUUA